CGAAUCGAAUUCCCGACGAUCAAAUUUUCCGACCGUGCAACGGAUCUCUGGAAAAUGAGGAGGCUAAGUGCACUCGCCGCAAUGUGCCGGGCCGCCGGCGGCAAAAGUUCAAACUACCGGAUUGUACAGGCGUCUCUUUACAGCUCAAGCGGCAUUUCCGAUGCUAGGUCUCGCUGGUUCUCCUGUAAUAAGCUCGAGGAUCAGUCCUCGAGCACCGCUGCUCGUGCCGUCGCCGGAACAAUGCUCUUCUCUGUCGCGGCUACCGCAUUGAGUGAUGAGGUCCACGCAAAAGAGCCGAUCAAUCCGAAAUUUCGCCCUAACGACGUCGUUCUCUAUCAGUACGAAGCUUGUCCUUUCUGUGACAAGGUUAAAGCAUUCCUAGAUUAUUGUGAUAUACCUUACAAAAUCGUGGAGGUCAAUCCAAUUAGCAAAAAUGAAAUCAAGUGGUCAGAUUACAAGAAAGUUCCUAUUUUGAUGGUAGAUGGUGAACAAUUGGUGGACUCAUCAGAUAUAAUUGAUAAGCUGUCCCAAAAGGUUCGCCCUAAGAUCACUGCUAAAUCCACAUUCGAUGUUGAAGAAGAGAAUAAGUGGCGCAAGUGGGUGGAUAAUCACUUGGUGCAUGUCUUGUCGCCAAAUAUAUAUCGAAAUGCUUCCGAGGCCUUGGAAUCAUUUGAUUACAUCACAUCUAAAGGUAAUUUCACCUUUUAUGAGAGAACAGUGGCAAAGUAUGCUGGAGCUACAGCCAUGUACUUCGUAUCCAAAAAAUUGAAGAAAAAAUAUAACAUCACUGAUGAGCGUGCAGCGUUGUAUGAAGCAGCAGAAACCUGGGUUGAUGCUUUGAAUGGGCGAGAUUUUCUUGGUGGGUCUAAACCAAAUUUAGCUGAUCUUGCCGUGUUUGGUGUAUUGAGACCAAUCCGCUACUUAAAAUCUGGUCAAGACAUGGUGGAGAACACUCGCAUUGGUGAUUGGUACUCUCGAAUGGAAAGAGCUGUCGGCGAGCCACCUAUAAUCCUGGCGUAACUUAAGUUCUGUUUCUCCCAGUCUCCUGCAACCGAUCCUCAAAUAUUUAAGAUUAAAAGUUUGGUCUAUUAACAGCACUCUUUUCGAGGGUAAAUUUACACCUCAGGGAAGUUAAUAACAUCAUCAAAGGAAGGUACAAGUUAUUUGCCACUGAUUUUGAUACAGAAUAAUUCAAUUUCAAUUAUAUAUUCUUUCAAUUGUUACAUGGCCAUAGUAUGCACUAUGUACUGCCUUCACUAGUGUGUGUGACUUUCAAGCCCUGCCUGCUAUGUACUAUGUACUAUGUACUACUUCCACACGUUUUUAUGAUUUUCAAAAUAAGGUGGUUGGAAAUCUAGCUGUCCGGCUGGCUAAUGUAACUGCAAAGUCAAAAAGUCAGAAGGUCGACUCUUGUAGUCUUAUAUA